AUGUCGACAUCUUCGGCCGCGCCCGAGUCUUGGAUCACGAGCUUUUGCUCCCUACUCGGGCACGAAUAUUUCGCGGAGGUGUCUGAGGAUUUUAUUGAAGAUGACUUCAACUUGACUGGCCUACAGACACAAGUGGACAUGUACAAGGAGGCUUUGGAGAUGAUUCUCGAUGUGGAACCCGAGGAGGACGACGAAGAUCUCGACGAAGAUGAGGAGGACUACGAUAAUGAAUCUGCCAUGGAGCAUGGCUCUCGGUUUGGCCCCGAGAGGAGACACCAUGCUAGAAUCGCCAGCGACCUCACCGUCAUCGAGUCUUCUGCGGAGCUGUUGUACGGUCUCAUCCACCAGCGUUUCAUCUGCUCCCGGGUCGGAAUACAACAGAUGGCUGAGAAAUACGAGCUGGGCCACUUUGGCUCCUGCCCUCGCACGCAUUGCGAGCAAUCGCGUACUCUGCCUGUCGGCCUGUCUGAUAUUCCCGGCGAGGAUACAGUCAAGCUCUUCUGCCCCGCCUGUCUCGACGUUUAUGUCCCUCCCAAUAGCCGGUUUCAGACUGUCGAUGGAGCCUUCUUCGGUCGCACUUUCGGCGCUCUGUUCCUCAUGACUUUCCCCGAAUAUGACCUAACGAGGCGUGGCUCAGAAACGCUGACCUCCAUCAACACUCGCAUCUCGACUGCCGAAGGGGAGAAUAUUGUCAACGGCAUGUAUGCCAAGAACAUCGCGCCCGGCCUUGGCCCCGGUCGCAUAUACGAGCCCAAAAUCUAUGGCUUCAAGGUGUCGGAGCGAGCUCGCACAGGUCCUCGCAUGCGCUGGCUAAGAGAACGGCCUGCUGAUGUAACCGAGCUGGACGAGGCAAAACUAUAUCUAGAACAGCACCCAGACUCGGAGGACGACGACGCUGCCGUUACCAGCCGCGCUAUCGUGCGCAGACGGCCACCAGGCAACGCGCGUCUCCGCCAAAGACAGAACCAGAACCAGAACGGUAGUCCAAUGGCCAUGUCGACCAAUGGCGCUGAAUCUGAGCUGUAG